AACGCAAUUUUGACAAAGGGAUGCUUGCUCUGUUGAUGCUGGAACGCAUUCAGCAUCUGCUUGCACUGCUGUAGGCUUCUACUUGUCUCUUGCACAGAAAACCUGUUUAUUCAUGGCCAGAACAAUGCAACGGGAAACAUUUCCCGUGAUACACAUACACUGAUGAAACCCAUGCACCACAAAGCAUUUCAUUACCAUGCAAUCCUAGAUAUCCUGCAGGACCUCUAUGACAACGGCACACCAGAGCUGAGAUCACUCUCAGGCUGAAGGAUAGGGGCGAGUGCUGAGGAAUAAUAAACGUUAGUUGCGGGACACGUUCGCAUAUUUAUGCCUGGUGAUGCCGUCAGUAGUGAGUGAGUAAUAGUGACAUGUACGUAGGAGGGAGUUCUGCUGAGGAAUGGGCUGAAGGAAGAAGGGUCUGAUGAGUGAGGCUUGAAAUCAGGCAGGGAAAAGGAUUGGUCAUGGUUUGAGGAGGUUGAUGAAGGAUGGUCUGAUGAACAGGGAAGUAGGCUUUGAUAGAGGCUGAGCAAGGGCUGGAUAGGAUGUGCGGGUGGCGCACAGUGGCGGGAAGAGGGGGCGAGGGAGUGCCAGGACGCGCGCUGGGCGGCAUGACGUCACGUGACUUAAAGCGUCACACCAAAACAAAACUUGCGAGGCGCAGGUCCUGUGCAGUCCGUGAGCCCGGCGGAUGCUGCUGCUCCAACCAGGUGACAGGGGACAGCCAAGGCCAACCAAGAAUCACACAGGUAUUGUGUGAUUACACGCUGCCUGACCAGUAACAUAUCCGUCUCCUGUUUACUAUGGGGGACGAGUGGAGCAUCAAGAGCCUAAGCCAGACUAUUGAAGAUGAUGAGGAGGAGGAUCUAGUGCCCACCACACCCAGCCAGGAGGACAUAGACAUCACCGCCCCUUCCACGGACAGCACCUCACUCCUUGCUGAUACUCAUGGCCCUGGCCGGCGGAAGGUGCCACAGACGCUCUCCCUUGGCCUCCCAGAAGACCCUGAGAGUGAGUCCCUUCCAUUCCUGCCCCUGGAGUGGGAGCCACAGUUCCCUGUGACGCCAGCCCAAGAAAAUGGACACUCCCCAGUGGAUAGGUUCCUCAAGGGCCGUGUUGACUCCCCCACUGAGGACCGGGACUUCGACAUGACACUGGGCAGCUGCAACGGCCAGGGUGAGCCCCUCCCAGGGUGCUCUGCCAUCUGGGCCACCAGGAGUGCAAGUGAGGUUGGGGUGGUGCGGGAGGCCAGCGGUGGCAAUGGUUCAGGCGAUGGCUCCAGCACCAGCAGCCGAGAGAAGGCUGCAGAAGAUGCCACCAAACAGGAAACGGCCAAGGAUGGGGAGAAAGAUACCACAGGAGGAGAGGAGGGCACUGGCAGUGGGGGACAGGGAGGAGGGGACCAGGGUAAAGGUGGGGAUAAGGGUGGCAAGAAGCGCUCGGGGACGGAGGAAGAGGAAGAAGAGAGCAGUCAUGAGCCGUCCAGUGACUCCAGUGAAGGGGUGGCAAUGACCAGCACCAGCAGGGACCACAAGCAGGAGGGUGAGGGGGUUGGACCUCCACAGCCGCAGACUGGAGUUGCCCCCACCAGUGAAAGUGGUCGAGAGAAAGCUGUCGAGUCCCAGGAUGAUCUGUUUGCCAGUCAGGAAGCAGAACUCCCACUCCACCCACUACAGAGAGAGGCCUUCCAACCACCAGAUCCUGAGCCGGAGGGCCUCACUGUGACCCCUGCCACCACCAUCCCCAUCCUGCAGUUGUCCCAGGAGGAGGAAGAGGCCCGGGAUCCCCUCAUCAUACAGUCGCCCCCAAGGAUGUUAGCAGACACUCCAGCCUGCACUGGGACAUCACCAUCAUCUCCCAGCAGCCCUCAUGUGCAGCUGUCACCCCUGAAGAGGAAGAGAAGAGACUCAGAGACUCCUUUCUCAGAGUCAGAUACAGCCCAGGUGCCUCUUAAACUGCGUAAGACAGAGCCACCCACCAGUUGCAGCAGUGAGUCAGGAGAGGAGCCAGUAAACGUGGGCUACAAGGCCCUUACCAGCAAGGAUGUGGAGAUCAGUCCCAAGCAGAUCCACCCACCCCUCCGAGCCUCAAAGCCACCACCACGCACAUCCACUGUCAGGUCACUCACCUUCCAGUCCAGCAGCAGCAGUGACGAGCCAUGCGAGGGACCGCUGAGGCUGCCAGUGGACACAGAGGCAGAGGAAGAGAGCAGUGACAAGGAAAGAUUCAGUGCACCAGUUACAGAAGGUGCCAGGGAAGAUAAUUCUGCUUCAGACAAACAAGGGGAGAGUGAGAGGGGAUCAGAUGUGAAACUGGCAAUAAGAUCUUUCCCAAUGCCCAUGAGGAUGCACGCUUCACCUGGUGGGGAGAGUGGCUCCCAAAGCUCUGAGAAGGAUGACAGUGAUGUUGAGAUCCUUGAGGACGACCCAAAGAAUCGCAGUGUAGAGGUGGUGUAUGAGAAGCCCAAGGGACGGCUCUCCCUUGAAUCAGGGAUGGAGUCACAAGACCUGAAUCUGGUGCUGGAGUCCUCCACUCAGCCUGACCCUCUGUUCAGAGACCCAGCCAGUCAGGACCGUAUGCAAAGUGAAUCAGAGCCACACCUGCGUCUGAGUGGGUCAGAACCUCCCCAGCCAAUGGAUCGCUCACCAGUGGGGGCAGCAGAUUGUGUUGAGGGCACCAUGCCAGCCACACAGAUAGAAAAAAUAUGCAAACCUGCCAUCCUCACCCAACCAGACAUUGAGUCUUUAAUUACUCUCCCUCUGCAAGAUUCUCAGACCAAAGGCAAACCCACUCAGACCACAGUAGGUGUAUUAGAAGAACCUGAGAGGGAGAAGAGCAGCCAGAGUGAAGCAGAGAGUCAGGAAAAGCAGGAAACUCAAGAAGAAAGCUCUCCACCUGAUGAUAGCCAGCCUUCUCAAGCAUCACUUAGGUUACAGAUGCCAAACAUUUGCACACCUUCCUCACAGGAGUGCCAGCACCUGCCAGAAAGUGAGUCCAUGUUUGUGAAGGUGUCAAAAGCUGCCAAUAAAAGGCUCCACCAAGAGGAACUGCUCACUGCAGACACAAAGAAAGAGGAAAAGAGUUUUGAGGUGAUUACUGACUCAUCCCUUGAGAUCACAGAAGUCGAUAAGACAGGGGAAGAUCUUUCCACCAAAGAGGCAUCAGAGGGGAGAAGCAUUGAGCCAGAGAGUGGCUCCAACUCUUCUACUACAGUGUAUCCCCUGACUCCCUCCAGAUCCUACCAGUCCACUCCCUUUGCUAGUCAGCACCUCAAGUCCUCACAGACAACAUCCCUCCUGGGUUCUGGCAGGAAGGAAGGUUCACAGAGUGCUGGCUCCACAGAGGGCACAAACACCAUCUUGGUGGAGAAGACAGACAGUGAGGAUGAAGGAACCCCUCAUAGAAAGCGUAAAAAAUUGCGCCCGCCUGCUGCCAAGGCAUUGCUCAGCAAGAGAGGUUCCCAGCCACAGGAUGUAGAAGAGAAGGAAGCUGCAGCCUCACCUCCAAAUACUAGUGAGGGAGUCAGUCUCAGUGUCUCCAAUGCAGACAAAGAAGCCUCCAAGUCCCACACCACCUCUCCAGAGGAAGGAUCCAGUGCCAAGUCAGUGACAUUCAAGUCUCCUGACACACAGGCCUUGGAAGCUCAGGGGCCUUUCAACAGCAUGCUGGAACUGAUGAGAGCCGGCUUCAGAGAGACACGCACGCUGAGGCCAGCAGUGGAGUACGUUCAUCCAGAGAGCAGCGAGAGGCUGGUGUUGACUCGUGAUGGGAGUCAAGUGUUGGUGUGCACUGUCUUGAGUGUCUUCCACAACUCCAGCAGUGGCAGUAGCAGCAGCAGCAGCCGUAGGAUCUCUGAUGUGAGCAGCCUGUCCACCACCACCAGUUCUUCUGGUUACCUUGGAGACAAGAGCUCUUCGUCCUCGGGGUCCUCGCGCCGCACCUCCAUCAUCUCUAGCAUCGAGUCCUCUCGAUUGUCCAUAGGCAGUGUGGUGACACUGUCUUCCCCACCUCGGCCCCAGAAGGAAGCAGCCUUCCUGGUGCCUGCCGUGGGGUCUAGAGGCCAGGUUGAGGGUGACUCCCCCAAGGUGGUGGAGCAGGUGUGUCUUGACUCCCCGCCAAAGAAAACUGCUGGGCCAGCUCCCUCCAGCAAUGACGGCAGCCCCAGGACUCCUAGCCGGCGGGGGAGAGGCAGGGCCCGCGGUCGUCCCAGAGGGCGGGAAGCCAGCCGUGGCACCUCCAGGAGAGGUCGAGGCCGAGGUCGGGGCAGGGCAGUGGUUGCAAGACCCUCAGAUGACUCUGAUACAGAUGAUGAGGAUGCCUUCUGCCCACCCAAUAGUCCCAACCCACCUGAACAAGACAACGAGGAGCUGCCACCUGGCCUGUCAGACUUGCGAGGGUCCCUGCCGCCAGAGGUGUGGAGGAUGCUGCAGGCCUCGCAGGCACCACUCUCAGAGGAAGAGGAGGAGGCAUUUGUGGGGCGUGUGGGUGGGGACUCAGAGCAGCAGCUGGCACACAUCCUGAGGCGGGUGCGUGAGGUGGAGCUGGAGCCUGACCUACUGGUGUUUGCACGCUUCACUGAUAAUAAGUUUUACUCGGCCGUUCUGCGGGAUCGCGACGGCACGGACCGUUGGCACGUGCAGUUCACCUUGGACCAAUACGAGGCGUCGGUGCGGGAGGUGUACCUACUGCCCACAGCCCUGCUGCCCCGGGGCCAGGCCUGCUAUGUGCGGCAGCACUCAGACUCUGAACACUACAGUGACAUGGGUGUGGUGAAGGGCCACAUUAGAGUGGGCAGCACAAUCUUGCACAUCGUGGAAACAGACCGUGGCGCCACACAGCGCGUGCCACACUCGCACCUCCUCCUCAGUGGUGCCCAGGCCCACCACAUGUUACAGGCAAGACACAACUUCCGCUCAAUGGUCGCCUCACCGGGCAGAGACGUGUCCCUGGACAACAUCGUGGCUGGGCGGAGGCGGCGGCAGCAGCAGGAUAAGCAGUUCUACUCGCCACGCUCCAAGAAGGCCGACGACAACCUGGACACCAGUGAGGCCACUGCUGGGGAGGGUGACGAGCUGCAUGAGCUGGCGGGCUCCAGCAGGACACCAAGCAGCAGGAAAGCUGCCCGGGGACGCAACCUGUAUGCUGUGGCAGAGGAGAGUGAUGCAGAAGUCACGCCGAAGAAGAGGAGACUUGGCACAACCCCAAGGGGAUCCCGAACCCCUCGUGGUGCCCACCGGAACCGAGGCACUGCGAGGACCCUCAUGCAGGAGAGAGACUGCCAGCUGCAGGAGGAACUGGCAGCCCAGGUGGAAGUGAUGCACUCCCCUCUCCUGGCCACUCCGCCAAAGAAGCGUGGCCGUCCCCCAGGCCAGUCCAGUAGUACCCUGACACCUGUGAGAGAACCCAAGCUGGACGACAUGCCAGAGGACCCCAGCUUGGGACCACUGCCUCCCGUAGGAUCCCAGAUGUUCAAGGGCUACACCAUCCUAAUGACCAGCGGCGACAGCAGCAUCCGCAAGAACCAGAGUCUGGACAAUGAGAACCUCCCACCAUUUGACAAGGAGUACAUGGCUGCCCAAAUCCGCCGUGGAAGUGGAAACGUCUUGGAAAAAUACUCAGAGGCAGAGAUCAUUCUGGCAGAACAAGGCACCAGCUCCUCUGUUACCAAGAUGCCACAGAAGACAAAGAAGAAGAGUGGUUGUCCAUCCUCCAGCAACACCACUCUCCUCCUCAUCUCCAACACUCACUGCCGCACCGCCAAGUACAUCCAGUGCUUGGCCUCUGGGGUGCCCAUUGUCUCCUUCCAGUGGGUCAUCAACUCAUGCAAGCAGAACAAAGCACUGCCAUGGAAGCUGUACCUUUUACCAUCUGGUGAGCAAGAGUCAGGAGAAGUCUGUGAGCAGAACCUGUUGGAGGAGGAGGAGGGCGGGUUCCUCAUGCGGAGAUACCUGCUGUCAGGGCAGCGCAUAUUCCUGGGCUCCUCGGACAAUUCUGAAUUCUGUCCCCUGUGGCAGCCUCUGCUGGACUCAGCGGGAGCCAAAGUCAGAGUGCGGCCCAGAACAGGAAAUCUGAACCGCGUGUUGGACAAGAGUAUGACGCUGGUGGUGGGGGACAGCAGCCUGCCCCAAGACGAAGAGCAGCGGGCCAGACAGCUGGGCCUGCCUGUAGUGUCCACUGAGUGGGUGAUCCAGUCCCUCAUUCAGGGCACGCAGCUUUCCCAUGAGUCCUUCCUGCGGCCACUGGGGAGGCCGUCGGGCUCCAGCGCCAGAGGGGAAAACUGAACUCUGGAUUUACAAAGUGGAGAGUAUGUUAAUAGGAACCAGUUUUUGGCUAGAUUGCCAUAGAAGAGUUUUUUGACACAUUUCCCUGUCUGUGGAGAUGAGAAGUUUUAUGUGUGUAGAUGAAGAUACAACAGUAAGGAAUUUUCCUCCUCACUUCCACCUGGAUUGUAACUGUUGCACCACAAUUGAGCCUCAGUGUAGUGUUCUGUAUAAAGCUUGUUGUCACAGUAGAUUUUGGUAGGCAGCAAGUAGGAGGUGAAUCAUAUCAUUUCAAUUCCAUCAUUAAUUAUAUACAUUCAUAUAAUGUCAUACUUAUUUUAGAUUUCAAACCUCCAUCAUCUCUCCUCUGAAGGAACCAUUAGGAAAGAUGGAUUAACAGACAAGGUUUUAAAAUUUCUGUAUUGAUAUUUUUAUUACUUCUGAAAUUGAUAUGCACAUACUUGUGACCUAGUACAAUUUAGGGUUUGGCAGUGUGUGCCUCCCUAGCAGGUUGACCAAACUUGACCUGAGCCAGAGGUGCAGCACUGGCUGAGAGGCCUCACAAGGCGAGUGUUAGCCCACACUGGCUCCCUGGCUCCUUGGCUCGCUGGCUCGCUGCCAGCCAGAGCCCCAUGAGUCCACAAACAUGUUAAUGUCCUGCUCACAAGGAGAGGGUAUUUCUCUUGGCAAGAAAUUUUUACAAAUCAGCAUACAAGUCCAUCUAUUCUUUUUGUAAGUGCUGUCGGCUGUGUGUGCAUGUGUUUGUGUGUGUGUACAUAGGAAUAUGCAGAUAUGAGUUUAGCAUAGUGAUAAUUACAUUUUUUAUGACUGCAGAAUGAAUCUUGUUAGCGUGUGCUGAAAACAAACCUUAAAGACUGAAGCACAAAGCUACAUGGGGUGAGGUGGUGGUCUCACUCUGCCAGAGAAGCUGUCAGGACAUUGUAAAAGGUUGGCGUGUAUGGUAGCUGUUGGUUAAAUCGCACUUUAUUUUGUAAGUUUUUAUAAUUGCAUCAAAUGUGCCAUAAGUUUGGGAACAGAGGAACUGAGGCACACAAGUGAAAAAUACUCAAGAUGCAAUCCAAAAAUCCCUGUCUGUUUGUUUGAAGGAUUUGGGCAACCAGAGGCAGUUAACUGGCAUAGUCAAGUUACAUAGAGGUUGAUGCACAACUUACUCAAUUUAGUAAUCCAGUGAUAGAGGCAGCAGUCCACCAUGAGCAGUGGUCUCCUCACACCUGUGCCCCAUCAAUCAAUCAGUCAGCUGUGUUGUGUUAAGAAAGUUCCAUUGGAUAACCCAUUACAUAGAUAAAAAUAAUUUAUUCAGAAACAUUGUGAAGGACAGUACUUUGAAAAAAUAUGAUUAAGAAUAAUAAUAAACACUUUACAUUAUUGUUGGAAAUAAAGAGGAAAUGUAUGAAGACUCAUCUGAAGUAAAGGAAAUAGGCAAGAGGAGAAACCAGUUCAAAGGCUGUCUCCUGGCCUGGAGCAGAACUUCGGAAGUCCUUCAAGCAUACAGUUUGGGAACCUUGCAUUGCAUCUCCUAGACCAAGACGUUGGACAUUGGAGUACUGCAGCAAUAAAAUCAGCACCUGUUUGUUUUGUUGUUGUUUGGACUUGACAGGGAUAAAUGUGACAUCUAUGUAUAUUACCUAAGUUUACCUUCACCAGAUGUUACCAAGGAUCUCUUUUUCAUUCACCAACAAGGAAAGACAAAUAUGUGGUCAGGGCUUGUACCUCCCCACCUGCUUUGUGUGUGGAGCCACUGGUGGCUUCCCUGCCUAGUACAGUCAUGGUCACUAGUCAAGCAACAUAAUAGACACCACCCAACUUGAGUUAGUUUGCAGAUGGUCAUUUAUAAAUCAUUAUGUUCAUAAGUCCUUAAUUGUACAAAUAUAAUAUGUACUCACUAUUUACUCUAUUGGAAACAUGUGCUAAUUUCCUAUUUUUUCCUGCCAUCACUUAUUUUAUUUUAUUAUUUUUUUAUUUUUUUUUUAUUUAUUAUUAUUUUUUUUUUUAGAUGGCCAUUGAGAUGGCUUGACAGUUCUUAGCAGUGUUGCCACUGUUGCCAGCCUUAUGCUUGUCACCAGUCAUGACUGAUAAUCAAAAAGUGAAAAAGUAUUAAUAAUGCAAAAAAAUCUUUGGGCAUAAUUAAACAGGUCUUAGCAGAUAGGGAGUUGAGUGUAAACAACAUGGUGGCUCUCUCUUUUGGUCUGCUGCAGCCCAGUGUGGGUAGCAGCAAAAGGUGGCGCUAGGUGGGAGACAUGGUGAAUUCAAAUCUGUAGUGUAGUGUCAAAUAUUGUGGACCUGUAGGGAUUCUUGUUUGUUGGGGAGUGUCUGUACUUCCACUGCUCAGCUUGUUCAUACAUUCUGAAUUGAUGUGAUCUUAUGAAGCCUGUUAACUUUACGGAUUGCAGGGAGAUCAAGGGACUUCAGGGAGAAAACAGCAUUAUGAGUCAGGGACAGGCUACUUAACUUUUGACCAUGACUGUGCCUGCAGGUGUGUGUGUGUGUGUGUGUGUGUGUGUGUGUGUGUGUGUGUGUGUGUGUGUGUGUGUGUGUGUGUGUGUGUGUGUGUGUGUGUGUGUGUGUCUCAUAGGCUAUCUUGACAAGGCAACAUCAGCACCACACACGUAUAUUUCCUCAUCUUAUAUACUUUUUGUCUCAUCAUUUCAGUGCUAAUUCAUUCUUUCUGAUCAUCAUUCCCUCCCUAGAAUCAUCACUUUAUGAAACUUUUAGUUAUUCCUACAUUCCAACUCAAUUUGUUAAUGUUCACUUACCUUCAUUUAAAUAUUCACUUAUAGAAUUUCUAUUGAUUUGUGUUUUCGUUUGUGUAUUUUUGUAUUGUACAUAUAUUGAUUUAUUAUUGUGCAAAAUUUGCACCAUAAUAUUUUGUAAGUAUCUCAAAUUCUUAUAAGUUUGUACAUAGUUUCUUUUUUUUAUUUUUUUUUUUUUCAGGCAAUAAAGUGUUUUGUUUUUAUCAGUGGUCUCCCAGUAUAUUUGUUGUGUACAGGUUGGUUUGUUUACAGGAUGGAUUGAUAAGUCCUUGAUAAGUCAUAAGAUUGGCUUAUAGCUGCACCAAUUUUUGUGGUGCCUUUAUUUUAGAAUCUAGCACCAGCAUAAUGCUCUUACUCUGCCCAUCCUCUUGUGACUUUGUCUCCCUGCCACACAUUCCCCACUUUUCUCCCAACAUACUUGCUUUGCUGCCUUUCCUCAGCUUCCCUUCUCUCUUUUGAACUUGAUGUCAUUCCUUCACUUUUUUUUUUUUUUUUUUUUUUUUUUUUUAAACUCUCCUCCACAUAAUAUCCUAGUUUUUCCUUAACUUUUCUCUUUCCCACAUCCCUUUCCUCUCAUGCUCUCAUCUCUCUUUUCUUUCCAGCAGUGCCAAGUGUCUGGCACACACUCAUCCUCCCUCCAGUCAGUCAUUCAGUCAAUCCUCAUCCUCAUGACAGGAACACCUUCAACACAAGCACAUAACACAUUACUUCCGAAUUAUAACUAAAUAGUGAUAUGGCUUCCCAUACUUUUUAGUAAUGAUGUUACUCUGUGAAGGUUUGUCCAGCAUGGGCAGGGUGUAGAGCAGGAGGGCCUCAGACUGAUGUGUUCUCUGACAGUUGGCUGUGACUUGUGACAUUAUGCCACAUGGUUGUCUGAUCUUGCUGUGUCUCCCAUACUCAUCCUAGAGCUGCUGCUGGCUGUGUCCUCCAGGUGAUGGAUAAAUCUUCAUUGUGUACUAGUGUCUUGUGUAAUUUGAACCUCCUGGUCUUCCUUCUUAAAGUGUAAAUGAAAAAAAUUAUACCUAGGCAAUAUCUUGAGCAUUGCAUGAAAUGUGAUGAUUUAUUAUUAUAAUUGUUGCUGUUAUUAUUAUUAUUAUGUUGUUAUUGUGAUUAUUAUUGCAAGGCUAGAGCAUGAAAAAUUACUUUAUCAAAUACUCUUUCUGACCUGAUACUUAAUGUUUCCAGUCAGAAGAUAAUUUGGUUAGGUCUUUUUUCAGAGUGCUCAUUAAGGGUGUGUGUGUGUGUUUGCGUACGUGUGUGUGUGUGUGUGUUUGCGUUUGCGUACGCGUGUGUGCACGCGUGCCUGCGUGUGUGUGCUUACAUGUAUACAUACACAUGUGUAUGUUUGUUGUUUGGAUGUCUGUGUUUGGACACCAGGAAGUGGUAAAGAGGCAGUAUCCAAAGAUAGGUAAGAGGGUUAGACUGCAUGAACUAAAGGUGAAUGUAUAGACAAAGAAAGGUAUUAUUUCUUUUGUUCAUAUUAUUAUUAUUCUAGGUUGAAUUAGCAAAUUCCUAAUUUUUGGUUUAUAAGGAUCAUUGUGCCACUAAUGUCUGUGAUCUUGGAUACUUGCAGCUUUAACAUUUAUUAUAGCCAUUAUAUGGUUUGAAUAUUAAUCAUGUCUUAGGAAACUUUUUUUAUUGCUAAUGUUCUAUGUAGAAUGUAUUGAGAAAAUGUGUUGGUGUGGAUAUAUGUCAGUUUAUGUGACAUACAUGAGGGAGAGAGAAAGAGAGGGUGUGUGUAGCUAUGAUAUAUAUUAAGUUGGGUUCUACUUAAUUCAGCUUACUCCUGAUAUUAAUGCUGAAGAUGUCACUGCAGAUCUGUCUUUUUUUGUGUCAGGCACUGAGAGGCAAACGUAUGCCAUGACUUACCUGUGUGGGGUCGUGUUUGUCAGUAUUCAUAAUCUGCAGUCUCAUUCAGUGCUGGUGUUCAAGAGUGCAGUUGUUUUGCUCUGAUUCUCAUUGGGAUGAAUUCCGUUCAAGGAGCCAGUGAGCUUGCAAGACUCAAGAUUCACUCAAUGCUUCGUGCAGUGACUUGGUUCUCAUGUAAAUUGUGAUGGUUGUAAAUCAUUGCAUUUGUAUUUUUAACCAUAUUGGUGAGAGAAAAAUUGUCACUGUUCUUUUAAUUUCUGAUUUUAUAUGUUAAGAGAUUUGUUUUAUUUAUAUUUCAAGAGAAGGUUAUCUUGUAAAAUAACUGCCGUGUUCUAAUAGGAUACACUCUUAGAACAUGGACACAUUUUUCUGCUCAAAUUCAUCUUGAAGUGAACCUGUAGAAAUUCUAUCUCUUUAUCCUCAAUUAGUGACUGCAGUGUUGUGUAGAAAGAUCCACAUAAUGUUUGACAAAGUGUAAAUUUUGUUCCUUCUUGAUGUGUUAGGUACAGUCAUGGUCAGAAGUCCAGGAACAGCACACCUUCACAGUGUUUGGUGCUUUCCUUCACUCUAACUCCACUCAUGCAUAAAGAGUGUCGAUGAUCAGAGUAAGCAAGGAAGUUGUAACCAUACGAGAAGAAUGAGGACUAAGGUUAUAUGUUAGAAGACAGUAGAAAUGAGUGGAGAAAUACAUUUGAUUUUUGGCUGUGAGUGUACACUAAUACUGGUUGAACUACCUAUUAUGGAGUGACUGAAGGGUGCACAGAUGCUAGCUAUGACCAGUGAGCUUUGUGAGUGACAGUGUGAGAUGGCUUGUUGAAAGAAAUUACUUGAGUGGUUGUCACUGGUUAUCUUUAUUUGCAUUACACUGGUCUGCAAUGUUUUCAAGGUCUAACAUAUAAUACAUGAUUUUAGACCAGUUUUUUUACACUGAAUCCAAUUAUCAUGCUCAUUUUACUAAAUCAGAUCAGGUUAAUGAAAUAUUAGCACAUUAAAAAUAUCCUAAAUUCCGAUCUAUUUCUAGGUGAAUAAAAGGCAAUAUUGAAAAUAUUAGACCGAUUUAUUCACAGAAGGCUUACAAAAUAUUUUGAAUAGAUAUCAAGAAGAGUAUAAUGAACUAAGGGAGCUACUCAUGGAUGAAUGGUCUCUUCAGGGGCUUCCGUUGUGCUGAUCAGACUGCGCAUCUCUCUUUCGGCACCAGCAGUAGUCGGCCAGAAAGUUGACAUCCAAUCGGCCUUGAUAACGUUCCUCCAUAACUCUGAUAUAUUGGUGAAAGCACUCGCCCUGUUCUUCACUGACCCACAAUUUUCUGGAAACUAGUCCAGAUGAGACCGGAGGAAGUGCAUUUUCACUGACGUGCGCACCAAGUUAACGGAAAUUCUCCAUUAACUCAUCAACCACCUUCUGAUACUGGGAACUUCUGUGGUUGCCAAGGAAGUUUGCAAUGACUGGCUAAAGGGACAACCAGGCUGAUAGUUCAGCAGGAUUCAGUGCAUCAUCAAAACUAGUAUCCUUGAUGAGUUUCCUUAUUUGAGGACCAUCAAAUAUUCCUGCCUUAAUUUUCUCCAUGCUUUUUCGUUGAAAUUUCUGAUGUAAGAAAGCAAAUCCUCCACCUUCCCUGUCCAAUGCCUUUACAAAGUUGUUCAUUAGACUGAGUUUGAUGUGGAGGGGUGGAAGCAAUAUCUUGCUCAGUUCAACCAAAGGGUGGGACAAAAUGUUGUGUGACCCAGGUUUUAAUCCUUGUCUUGAUGGCCACUCUUGUCUGACAUAAUGCUGGUCAUCAACAAGGCUAUCCCAUAAGCACAGAAAGCAUGGAUACUUUGUGUAACCACCUCGAAGUCCUAGGAUGAGUCCAACAACUUUAGGAUCUCCACAGAUCAACCAUUUAUGUUUCUGGUAGUUCAGAGCAGACAACAGACGUUCCAUACUUUUGUGGGAUUCUUUCAUUUCAACUGAGUGCCCAACAGGGAUCGAUGAAAACUUGUUUGCGAUAUUCAGAAGAACUGCUUUGAGACUUCUGUUAGAUGAAUCAAUGAAAAGUCUCCAUUCCAUAGGAUCAUACUUCAGACCAAGUAAUUCAAUCAGGUCAGCAAUAUUGCUACAGUAAACCAGUGAAGAUGUUUCAUCAAACAUGAAAAAAUUUCUAAAUUCUCUCUCGGUCCUGACAUCAAUAGAAUGUUGUUCCUGGCGCCAGUAGACGUUUCUCUCGAAAACGAGAACCCAGUAUCUGGGCAGACUCCUUCGAAAGGUUCAGGUCUCAUGUCAGGUCAUUGAGUUCGGCUUGGGUCAAACGCACCGGUUGGUCGUCGUCUUCCGGCCUGUAUUAAUCACACUUGGCUGUAUCAAUCGUGUCACUAGAUUUGGAAUCAGAACUAGAUUCCAUGGUGACAUUUAGCUCAGAAACAGGAAGAUCAGGGACAUGGGGGACUGGUUUUAUGGCAGAAGGAACAUCAGGGUAUUGAACAUGGUGCUUGUUCUUGCAAUUGAUGCCUUUUAGAUUUGUCAUGCAAAAGUAGUAGUCGGUAACAUGAUCUUUCCCUUCCCUCCUCACCAUUGGGACACCAAAUGGUAUACUCUUCCUUUUCUUCUUCCUCCAAUCCUGUAAGUUCUCUACACAUGUUUUGCAAUAGAUAUUUUGACUCCAAAGUAAGCGUGAUGUGCCUUCUUCACAAAAUCAAUGAUUUUUGCUUGACGGUCUGGCAGAAUAACAUGUCCGCAGAUGUAACAAAACCUAUUAGGAUGUUUUUUACACUUCCAAUCCAUUUUUAUAGACCUAAAAAGCAGAAAUGAAAAUAUUUAUUAAAGGUUACCUACUACCUGGUUUUGCAAAAACAAAGCCCAUAAAUGCUUGGAUUGCAAUAUUUUAGAAAAAUAUGCUGGAAAAGAAGUUGACUGUAUCUUAGAAACCGGACAUGACCCGGGAAAAUAAACUGUAUUUUUUAAUUCAGCAUGUAAAAAUGGUCACAAAUCAGUUGGAAAACCAUUGACCUUUUCAAAAAAGUUUUGAAAUGCAGACCAGUGUUAUAUAUGAAAGGAAUUGUUUCUUUUGUAUUGAAUUAGUGGCAUGAUCAGUAAUCUGCUUCUAGUUUUUCUUUUUUUAUCAAAAGGAUUAUUUUCUAAAACUUCACAUUAGAAAGCCAAACUGUGAAAUGGGCAAACUUGUGUAAUCUGCCCUAUAUGUUUCCUUAUCUCUGGUUGCCAGUGUAUUGUGUUUAUCCAAUCAAAAUCCAAUCAGGUUAAAGAUACCACUAGCCAACAAUUGACAGGUUGUAUGAUUGAUAUUUGGCAGAUGACAGGCACCAGUCCCCUAAGGAAUAAUGUUGUAAUUACAGUACAUAUCAGCUGCUAUUAGAGUUUGUGAGGACAGAAGCGCUUGUGUUGAUGACGAGUUUGACAGGCAAUGCCCUGCCUCACCCCUGGACUCAUCACACACAGCAGGCAGCAUGCAGUCAGGCAUUGAAUUUCCUUCAUUUUUAGAGCUGUGCAGUCACAUAAAAAAAAUAAGAAAUAAAUAAGAAAAAAAAUGUAGGUUAAGGUUUUAUCACCAAUGUAUGAGGAUAUGAGAAAAAUGUGUGUGUGCGUGAGUGUGUGUGCAACGUCAUAUGCAAGUUAUUUUUUACCCGUUUUGUCAAAUCUUUCAGAAAAAAAAGUGCAAACACCCAAAGAAAAUUAAUGUAGUGCCCUUUUAAAACUUGUACAUUAUCACCACCACCACCACCACCACCCCACUGUGAGGACAUCCACCUCUUAACAUUAAGCUCUGUACAACCCUUCACACCAGGAAUACAUUCAUAGUCUGUGCCAUAAAUGUCAAAGAGCG